AUUUUAGUUUUCCAAUUUACAACAGUCAUCAAUCAAUCUCAAUUACUCGUUUUGUAUGCAGGAUUACUCCAAAUCAGUAAUCCCCUCACACCUCUUCGGCGACCGAGGCUCUAAUCUUGUCGUCAUUAAUCCAGGGUCUGCGAAUAUACGAAUUGGGUUGGCUGCUCAACAGGAUGCCCCCUUUAAUAUUCCUCAUUGCAUUGCAAGGCGUAUGACUGGAGCUAAUGAAUCGCCCAGACGAAAUGUGCAAGAUCAGAUGCUGAAUUCUCAAGUUACAACAGCUCAACAUGUAGAAAGGGAGAAAGCGUAUGACAUUAUUGCAUCCUUGUUGAAGAUACCAUUUCUCGAUGAAGAAGUCGUAAACAACUCUCACCCACGAAAGAUGGGUCGUGUUGAUGUAUUAUCGCAACAAAACAGUAAGAAAGAGACUGUGUUUCCGUGGACUGAUGUGUUCCAAAAAAGUCAAAGUAAAGAGACAUCUACGGCACCAGAAAGUUCAUCACGUGAACAUGAAACUAUCGAGUCCCCGGGCCCACAUGAAAGUAACGAUGGGGAUAAGCCGCAGACUAGUGAAUUGAAGUACAAAGAGUAUAUAUGUGGUGAAGAAGCUAUGCGUAUCUCUCCAACCGCACCGUAUUGUUUAAGACGUCCUAUACGCAGAGGCCAUCUUAAUAUUUCUCAAUAUUAUCCCAUGCAACAGAGUUUUACAUGCUAUUCCCUCAAAUGAAGCAAUUGAUACAGUUGAGAUAUUGCAAUCAAGGACCAAUCCGUUGUUUGUGGCAUGGCGAGGCGGGGCCAUACUGGGUGUUAUCGAUUACGGUCGUGAUGCUUGGAUACAUCGAGAAGACUCGAUUAAAAACGGGAUUCAUAUAGCAGGAGGCAGAAAAUACAAGGACUCUUAUUAUCUUCAAGCACAACCAAUGUGUUACAUGAACUCCUAGAAACUACAAAUGCUUUUGUGUUACAUAAACUCCUAGAAACUAAAAACGCGUUCCGUCCAUGUUAUUAACCUCACACUAUUGUGUUACAUAAACUCUUAGAACCUAAAAACGCGUUUUGUUCAUGUUAUUAACG